GUGGCGACGACAAGAAUCCUGUGGAAAGUAUGGAUUUACAUGAAGAUACGAAUAAACUUUGCACUUCCCAUAUUAUUACUGAGGAUGAUCGCCAAAAUAAUUGUACCCCAGAGCUCAAAGUAGCUGGUAUAGAAGUUUUGUUGGCAGUUAAACAAGAGAAUGGUGGCGACAGGAUUUCUGUGGAAAGUAUGGAUUUACAUGAAGAUGCGAAUAAACUUUGCACUUCCCAUAUUAUUACUGAGAAUGAUCGCCAAAAUAAUCGUACCCCAGAACAAGAAGUAACAGCUAUUGAAGAAGCAGUGUUCAUGGAAACGUGUAAACACGAAGAAGGUGUUAUAUGCUAUUUUAGAAAAAAUAAUGAAGUUGGAGAAUUAUUUCAAAAAAUAGAUAAUGUUAUAAAUUUUAUAAGAAAGAUAUUGUUUGCUCUUAUAAAUAUUAUAAAUCUCCACAAAAAGUAAAGUUUGUAAUCAAUGAUUCACAAACAAAUUGGGCGAAAGAUGUAGA